AUGGAGGCUGAUACAAGCCUAAUCAGGAAAGACUUUAAGAGGGUCGCGGAAGACAGGAUACUGAGCGGCGCUUUUGCAGAAGAGUUCACAGCUCUGGAUCGUGACGGUCCCGGCGUGCAGAAGAAACUCGAAGAACUGUUUGAGGAGGCCAGCCACAGUGAGCUGGCGGAAGGUGAGGUUAGGGUGCGAGAAAGACUGGGUGUGAAGACCAUAUGA